GCUUUUGAGAAAUGCCAAAAACUAAACUACAUUAAAACUAUAAACACAAUUAAAAUCUUUUUUGGGUCUGUGGUCAGAUCAACUUUGUUAGCGACAAGAAAUCCUUGUGGUCAGGAAUUGCCGAAAAAAAACUAUAACAUACACCCAAACACAACAAUGAGAUGCAGGCUAACCAUUACAGUCCAUGAAACUGGCAAUAAGAAUGCACUGAUUUAUGGUUUUGAUGCUGAGAAGAUAAUAUCUUUAAACGGAAUUCAGUUAUAUGAAGCAGUUCACAAUAAAGUAAUUGAUCUCCGCUUGCCACAACCAUUCAUAUUGCAAACUCAUUCAAGAAACACAAUGUUACUUGUUUCAUCAAGCACUAUCAAUCAGAUUACCAGACUGUCU